GUGCACGCGCUUCUCGGCGAGACGGUAACUGGACACUGGGACAACUCAUUCUCUCUCUCCCCACCUGCAUAAAAGUGACCGGAGACUGAUUACCGACACCAGCAUGGUUCUGUCUUCGGGCACCAAGCUCAGACUCUUCCAGCUGCGCUUCUCGGAGCCGCGCAAGUCCUUCUAUAGUAGCGGGGACAAAGUGUCCGGCUCUGUGCAGCUGGAGGCAGCGCAGCCCUGCAGAGUGACUGGCCUCAGAGUCACCGCUGCCGGCUGCGCCCGGGUGGAGCACCGCAGCGGGAAGAAGCACCGCAGCCAGGAGGUGGAGUACCUGAAGUACGAAGAGGAGCUACGGCUGGAGGAACACCUGAUCAAAGACCCGGAUGGGAGUUUCCUGGUGCAGCCUGGUAAAACCUACAGCUGGACGUUUGGCUUUGAGCUGCCGGCACCGGGGCAUCUGGUGUCGUCCUAUAAAGGAAAAUUUGGUUACGUCCGUUACUACGUCCGGGCGAUGCUGGACAGGCCUUCCCAGGAUGCUUUGCAGUGUGAGAGGGAGUUUGAGGUGGAGGAGCCACUGGAUGUCAACCAACCCAACAUGCUGGCUCCAGCUGCAGCCUCCACACAGAAGAAGGUCACCUGCAUGUUCAUCCCUGAUGGCCAGGUGUCCAUCAGUGCUCAGAUCGAAAGGAAGGGAUUCUGUGAGGGAGAAGACAUCAACAUCAAUGCCAAGUUUGAGAACACGUGUUCACGCAUUGUAGUUCCGAAGGCCGCCAUCAUUGCUACACACUCAUACCUUGCUGAUGGAAUCACCAAGGUGUUGCGUCAGAAACUGUCAGCAGUUCGAGGAAACCAUAUCAUCUCAGGGAUGUGUGACAUGUGGCAAGGAAAGAUUAUCAGGGUACCCAAAUUGAAGCCCUCACUGCUGGGCUGUGACAUCAUCAGGAUGGACUACACCCUCAUGAUCUACCUGCACAUCCCCGGCAGUGAGAAACUGACCCUGGAGCUGCCUCUGGUCAUCGGUACAAUACCGUACAGUGGAGUUGGCAGCAGGACCAGCAGCAUGACUAGCCAGGCCGGAUCAAUGAGCAGCUGGGUCUCUUUCCCCUCAGCCCCUCCCAGCUACAGUAACAUCCACAGAGACCUGAGGAUGGACGGUCUCCACACACCACUGCUGCACGACUACGACGGUGGUGAAGACGAUGAUGAAGGGGGGCUCUUCAUGAGAGCACCUGAACUGAGCUAUCCCCCUCCUCCUGCAUACAGUGAGGUGGAUCACAACUCUGCUAAUCCUCCUCAGGUGGUUCAGGUCUUCUGAGAAUGUCCUGAGGCGGAGGGAAUCU